CGAGCAAGAAAUUCAGCAACAGCAGUGGGUUGGUGGCGCUGGAGUGGUUCGGGUCCACGUGGAGCUGCGUGGUGAGGGUCAGGGGCUGGAAGCAGGCGGCAGCAGUGAGAGGCGCCCUUUUCCAGCCGCGCGGGCCUCAGCUACUCUGCUUCCUCGGUUAGUGUUGGAUGUGUGCGCUGCGAGAUGGACAAUGCCCUGCUCUCAGGCUCGGACUCAGAUUCUGAAGAUUCUUUCGUCACUGACAGGGAGUUGCAGGAUGCGUUUUCCCGAGGGCUCCUGAAGCCAGGCCUCAAUGCCGUGCUAGAGGCUCCGAAAAAAGCGGUGAACGACGUGAAUGGCCUGAAGCAGUGUUUGACAGAAUUCAAGCGAGAUCUGGAAUGGGUUGAAAGGCUUGAUGUCACCCUCGGUCCGGUGCCAGAAAUCGGUGGACCUCAGUCAACACCUCAGAACAAGGAUCAGAAAGUUGUGGAUCCAGAAGAUGACUUCCAGCGGGAAAUGAGCUUCUACCGCCAGGCCCAGGCUGCCGUGCUUGCAGUAUUACCCCGUCUCCAUCAGCUCAAAGUCCCUACUAAGCGGCCCACUGAUUAUUUCGCAGAGAUGGCUAAGUCAGAUCAGCAGAUGCAGAAGAUUCGACAGAAGCUGCAGGCUAAACAGGCUGCCAUGGAGAAAUCGGAAAAGGCUAAGCAACUUCGAGCACUUAGGAAAUACGGAAAGAAGGUGCAAACACAGGUUCUUCAGAAGAGGCAGCAGGAGAAAGCGCACAUGAUGCAUGCCAUUAAGAAGUAUCAGAAAGGCUUCUCGGAUAAACUGGACUUCCUUGAUGGCGACCAAAAACCUGUUGCACGAGGCUCGAAGGAAGGCGCUAAAGGCCAGCCGAUGCGGAAGGGUCCCAAUGCCAAACGUCGCUAUAAAAACCAGAAGUUUGGUUUCGGCGGUAAGAAGAAAGGCUCCAAGUGGAACACUCGGGAAAGCUAUGAUGAUGUGUCCAGCUUCCGGGCCAAGAAAGCUCAUGGCAAGGGCCCUGCCAGGCCUGGAAAGAAAGGGUCAAAUAAAAGACCUGGAAAAAGGACAAGAGAGAAAAUGAAGAGCAGAACACGCUAAGCAGCAUCUCCCAAAAAAGGAUGAAGACUUGGGAUUUCACAAUACAAUUGGAUCCCUUAUGUUGGUUUCUUUUUGUAAAAAAUAUUUUCACUAAAUUAAAAUAUGCUGAAA